CAGCUUUUUCCGCUGAGCGCUGUGUUCUUCCAGCUUCAGGAUGGCCUGCUCGGUGCAUCUGGUCCUCCUUGUCGCCAUCUUGCUGAGUCUGGCAGGAACUCAAGAGUCUGCACCUGUUUACAGGGGACGAGGAGGCUGGACCCUCAAUAGUGCUGGUUACCUCCUGGGUCCUGUCCUCCGCCUUCCCUCAAAGGCAGAACAAGGCAGGAAGAGGGACUCAGCUCUCGAGAUCCUAGACCUGUGGAAGGCUAUUGAUGGACUCCCUUAUUCUCGCUCUCCAAGGAUGACCAAGAGAUCGCUGGUAGAAACGUUUGUCAAACCUAGGAUUGGAGCCUUGCAUGGCCAGACUCCUCAAAGUCCUUUAGGAACCAGUUGA